AAGAGAAGUAUGGAAAGAGAGAUCGAUCUACUUUGCUAAAUCUAAUGUGAUUGUUUCUCCACCAGUGGCAUCUUUUGAACAUUGCAUCAUUUUCAGUUUUGGCUUUGCCCCAUUGACACAUAUAGAGAAUGUUUAUGAUAUAUCUUCACUCCCUCGUGAAAGUUCCUUGCUUUGUUUUGAAAGAGAUGGAACUCCUGGAUCCUGUUCUCAGGUUGAUUCGUUUAUCAGCUUUACCAAUUUCAAAUGGUUAACAGUAUUGGAUAUGUGUUUUCAGCUAUUUGACCAUCUACCGUCAGAAAUAUGGGAAUUAUCUCAAUUGAGGUAUCUUGCCCUCUCUAAUUUUAGUGUUCUCCCACCAUCACUGUGCAAUCUUAGGCAUCAUCAAACACUAUUUCAUUACAGUAAUCAGGCUAGUAUUUGUUUGCCGGCAGAGAUAUGGGUGAUUAAACAAUUAAGGCAUCUUUAUUUCAGGAAAUGCUGCUACUUUCCUAAUGUGUAGUCUAAACAAGAAGAUUAUCUGCUCAAGUUAAGUGACUAUAAUCUUGUAUUAACCAAGCUGCAAACCCUUCCUUGUUAUUCGGGCAAGUUUAGUCGCUCUAAUCUUGCAUUAACCAACCGGCAAACCUUUGUAAUCAUCUGGGCGAGUAAGUCACCCUAUUCUUUCAUUAACCAAGCUGCAAAGCCUGUCUUACAUUACCUUUGGAAGUAUUACAAGGGGCAUCUUUGAAGGCAUGCCCAACCUUAGGAAGUUAGGAAUUUGAGAAAGUGAAGAAGAGCGCUUGACUGCUGAACAAAUGUCUGGAAAACUCAAGAAGAUGGUUCUGUUGGAGCUCCUUGAAACACUUGAGUGUUUCUUCAUUAACCCAUGGGUACAAUAAUGUGAUAUUUUCCCACCAACUGUCAUGGGACGAAAUGAUGAUACUGCACGUUAUCCAAACUCGAGGUGCUCAAGCUCAAGGAUUAUGCUUUCCAAAGAUCAGAAUGGGAGCCAACUGACGAACACUUUCAGUAGCUAAAUUCCUACUGUUGGAUGGGACUGAUCUUACCCACUGAGAGUCUUGUUCUGAAGAACUGUUAUUGCCUGUAUGAGAUUUCUGAUGAUGUAGCGGAAAUACCCACCUUGCAGUUCAUUGAAUUGUAUCACUGUAGCUCUUCUGCUGAUGACUCCGCAUAUAGGAUUCAAGAAGAACAACUUAGCAUAGGAAAUGACGAUCUUGUGCUGAACCUUAAGGCCUGCGUCUGUUUGAUAUUUUCUGCGCUCCCUCAACAAUCAACGAAGCUAAUACAGAGGAAAGUCGGGCUUUCCCCCAGGAAUGAUUCAUCAACUUGGUUUCUUUUGGGAAGUUACUAUGUAUAUACAUUGGAAGACUUGGUACAUAAGAGUAGCGGAACCACCUUUGUCCAAGGUUUACUGGAAAAAUAUACGCUGUAGAUAGGUAAAUUUUUAUGCAUAUGGUGAAUGCCCUUGAAACCAAGGACAUUACCUUUGAUAUGAGGUUGUGGAGGACCCGGAUUAGGCUAAGAGGUUAUUAGGUAGUGUUUUGUGUUGCUAUCUAUCCAUACUAGUAGUCGUGUAGUUGUAGUACUACUCCGGUUGUUUCUCGACCUUCGGUUUCUGGUACUAUCUAUUUCUUGUAUUUCGAUUAUCCUAUUAUUUGGCUGCAGUUACUAUUCAAAA